AUGUCAUCAUCAUCGGAUGCAAAUCUUAUUGCUGCGUUGAACAAUGCUUCAACUCAACUAAAUCGUUACUUUGGAAUUUUUAUCUUUCUCUUUGGUAUUGUGGGAAAUACUCUCAAUACAUGUGUUUUGUCACAAGGAGCUAUCCGUUCAAAUCCUUGUGCAUGGCUCUUUCUUGCUUCGUCAAUUACUAAUGGUAUUGGUAUUCUUGCUGGUCUUAUUUCUCGACCGUUAUCAACUUGGUCUGCUGAUCUAACAAAUACAAAUCAAUUUCUUUGCAAACUUCGUGCAUUUCUUCUAUUCAAUGCAAUCACUAUUGGUUCUUGGCUUAUCAUGUUGGCUACGGUUGAUCGAUGGCUUUCAUCAAACAUCAAUGUUGGUCGACGACAAAAAAGCACCUUAAAGAAUGCUCAACUCGGUACAAUAAUGAUUGUCAUCGGUUCGAGUAUUAUUGAAGCACAACAAUUCUAUUGCUUUGAAGCCAAUCUUAUCAAUACACCACUCAAAUGUUAUACAAAAUCAGUGUUGUGUGGCAUUGUGUCGGAUCUAUUCUUUGCUCUAAUUACAAUCCUAGUUCCAUUGAUAUUGAUGAUCAUUUUUGGUUUGCUGACCAUCUCGAAUGUACGUAAAUCGCAAUUUCGUCUGCAUCCGACGAGUAGAGCGAUGAAUGUUCGUUUGAGUCACACAGCAAAGAACAACACUGGAAAUAUGACUCGACGCAAGAAAGUAGAUCGUACUUUUAUGAUGAUGCUGUUUUUGCAAAUUUUUCUCAUCUUUCUACUUAUUUUUCCUAUGGCUGUACAUAAACUCUACACAACCAUAACCCGAUUCGUACCCAAGUCUCCAUUGCAAAUAACUAUUGAAAAUUUUGCCUUUAAUUUAUUUCUUCUGUUUGUGUACAUAUCUUGUGGAAUGCCAUUUUAUAUUUAUACAUUAAGCGGAGGAAGUGUAUUUCGUAAGGCGCUCUUCAGUUUUCUGAAAACAUUAGGCCGAAAAGUGAUGUGUCAACGUGGCUGAUGUUUCAUUUUAUUAAAAAGAAACUAAAUUUAAUGUAGUGCAUACUUGUAAUGCUUUGUGAAUAUAUAAUGUAUGGAGAAUAAAAAUUUCUAUAGAAUAUAUGAUUAUUUUUAGCCAAAAGCUGUAAUGAAUCCUUGGAAGACGUAGACUUUAAAAAAAUAUAGGCUUAUUACUGAACUUUAAAAGUUCCGCAUGUUUAUACCGAAGGUGUGGGUGUGGGUGGGUCGAUGUUUUUUUCGAAUAAUACCCAUAUUCACGCCCCACAUUCUUUUUAAUAUUACUUAUAUGAUAUACCGCCCAAUGUUGUUGUUGAUAACAGUUGAAAAUCUUGAUAGUUUGACAGUUAAGAUUCAUCGAGAAUGAAAUUCUACUGGAAACAUAAUUUCAACUCAAGAAGAUUUUAUUAAAUGUCAAUGAUCAUAGAUAUCCAAAUAUUUUAGGUUUUGAGAAAAGAAAUCGAUUGUUUCGUGUCUAAAUGACUUUCCUUUGUUUCUUUUCCGCCCAGGUCGAAUACGCACGCUUGUAAACGAUCGUUUACGAAGAAAAACGGCAGUUUACGAAGUGCGUGCAGAUGAUUAAUUGCACAAGUAAAUAAAUACUUCAUCGAUCCAGGCACAAAUCGGACUUCUCGCAGUUCAUUGAUUAUUUAUGUCUCUUUAUUCUUAUACCUCUUUCAUUUUCACAUUAUGUUUCCAUACAUAUACUGCAGAACGUCGACAGUUUGUAUGGAGACAUAAAUUAUGACUUUGCUCCUCGCUAAUAUAGAUUUCACAGUGAAGAUCUUCUAGAUAAAUGCUGCAGGAGGUAAUCCAAAAAGGUGGAUACCUCGUAGCAAUAAUUUUAUUAGAAAAUAUAUGUUAGAAAAUGUAGAUAAAUAUAAAGUAAAUAUAGUGAGAAAUUUCAAUAGAGAAUACUGCACAUACUAAGAGCACGAAGAUUUACAAGUAUUAGUAGAAAGUAGAGGCAUACCAUAGAAGACAGUAUAGUCGUUAUAUGUGCAGAGUUUAUAAAUCAGAAGACGUAGACCUCGCAGUAAAUCGAUAUAGACUAGGCGUCCAGGAUAGUACCUUUGUACAAUAAUUAAUAAAUACAUAUGUACUAUGAAUUCGUCUUCUUUUUUUGUUCUUAAGAGAGAGUCCAUGAGAAUACCACCAAAUAUGAACACCACGGGCAUUUGACAAAUUUUAAAAAUGCGAUAGUUUGACAUAAAAUGAAAGAUCAUGUUUGAAAACAUACAAAUCCAAAAUUUUAGCUCAAUCUGACAGAGUAUUGAAGAGUUAUACAGACGACACUGAUGAUGAGUCAGAAUGGUUUAGACCAAAAUAUCAAUUUUUCCAUGUUUGUGGUAUUUCAUCGAUUUCUCCUCGAUGGUAGGAGCUAUCUUUCACUGUGAUAUCUCAAAAGAUAGAGAAUUUUUUCCUCUAUCGAACUGUAUAUAUGACAUAUUUUUUGAAAGCUCAUCGAGACUGAAGAGAGUGAAUAUACUGAGGGUAGACCAUUAAAAUAAUCAAGUCUGCCGGUAAUACUUCGAUCAACGAUGGGUCAAAAAAGUUGUAUUCCAUUUUUUUGAUUCCAGAUUCUGAAAGGGCGUGAACAACUGCAUCGAAUCAUAUAUAUUCCAUUUUGAUAACUCAUUGAUUCGGUAUUUAAUUUUUCGACGCAAUCCUAUGGCCUACCAAUACCAAUAGAGGUUUGCAUUUUUUCACUAGUCUUAUUAAAUUUCAGUCAGAAAAAUAAGAUUUCAGUCAAAAAUAAUAACAUAUUCGGAAUCAGCAUUAAAAACUGAGUUAGGCUAAAUGUAUUUCAAAGUUUUUCAUCAACAUUAUCUUUUCGUAAAAAUUGACCUGGGGUCCCCCUCAGGGUCCAGUCAAAAAAUCAGUUUUAUUACAAAAUCAUUUGAACAGUCGAAAACAAGUUCUGAGGGCAUAAAAA